UGUUUAUUACAUGGGCAUAUAUAUUUGUCAAAACUCACCAAACUUUAUACUUAAAUCAAUAGAAUUUGUUGUGUGUACUUCUCAAAUCAAAAAAAAAAAAAAAUUAAAGGCUACAAAAUAGAUUUUAUUUAAAACUUCUUUGGACUUCCCUAGUGGUUCAGUAGUAAAAAAAAAAAAAAGAGAGAGAAAAAAAAGUCCAAUGCAUGGGAUUCAUUCUGCUCAUGAAGGGCAUGGGCUGGAUCCCUGGUCCAGGAAGAUCCCACGAGCUUCGGGGCAGCUAGCCUGUGCGCCACAACUGAAGCCAGAGCGCCUAGAGCCCGUGCCCCAGGCAAGAGAGCAGCCCCCCUCGCCGCAGCUAGAGAAAGCCUGCACGCAGCAACAAAGACCCAAGGUACUCAGAAACAAUAAAAUAAAAAUAGUACUUUAUGAAAAACGAAAAAAAAAAAAAAUGUAAAAACUCCUUUUCCUCCGGAUAUCCAAGGUCUGACAUCCAAAUUAGAUAGGCUGAACUUCAUAUUAUUUGCUUUGUUUCCACAGGUGUUGGGAGAGAUAGACUUCUAGACUUUACACAGCCACCAAGGCAACAGUGCUAAGAAAACCAUUAAUCAAGAUCUCACAAUGCCUAUUUGCAAUCAGAACACAGUGAACACCCCGGGUUAUAAAAGCAGGUGAAACCUACCUAAAAGACCUAGUCAGGCACAAUGUUGGCGUUCUUGAUUCUCGUGACUGUGACCCUAGCAUCUGCUCACCAUUCUGGUGAGCACUUUGAAGGUGACAAGGUGUUCCGGGUCCAUGUUGAAGAUGAAAAUCACAUCAGCUUACUCCAUGAGCUGGCCAGCACCAAGCAGAUGGAUUUCUGGAAACCAGAUUCGGUCACACAAAUCAAACCUCACAGUACAGUUGACUUCCGUAUUAAAGCAGAAGAUACUGUCGCUGUGGAAGACUUUCUGGGGCAGAACAGACUACGAUAUGAGGUAUUGAUAAGCAACCUGAGAUCCAUGCUGGAGGCUCAGUUUGAUAGCAGAGUCCGUGCUACUGGACACAGUUAUGAGAAGUACAACCAGUGGGAAACGAUAGAGGCAUGGACUGAACAAGUCGCCAGUGAAAACCCAGACCUCAUCUCUCGCAGUGCCAUCGGAACUACAUUUUUAGGAAACACUAUCUACCUCCUCAAGGUUGGCAAACCUGGAUCAGAUAAGCCUGCCAUUUUCAUGGACUGCGGCUUCCAUGCCAGAGAGUGGAUUUCCCCUGCAUUUUGCCAGUGGUUUGUCAGAGAGGCUGUUCGGACCUAUGGACGUGAGAUCCACAUGACAGAAUUUCUCGACAAGCUAGACUUCUAUGUCUUGCCUGUGGUCAACAUUGAUGGCUACAUCUACACCUGGACCACGAACCGCAUGUGGAGAAAGACCCGUUCCACCAAAACUGGAUCUACCUGCACUGGCACAGACCUCAACAGAAACUUUGAUGCUGGCUGGUGCCGUAUUGGUGCCUCUACAAACCCCUGCGAUGAAACAUACUGUGGAUCUGCUGCCGAGUCUGAAAAGGAGACCAAGGCCGUGGCUAAUUUCAUCCGCAGCCACCUGUCCUCCAUCAAAGCAUACCUGACAAUCCACUCCUACUCUCAGAUGAUGCUCUACCCUUACUCCUAUGAUUACAAGCUCCCCAAAAACAACGUUGAGUUGAACGCCCUCGCCAAGGCUGCCGUGAAAGAGCUGGCCACGCUGCAUGGCACCUCGUACACCUACGGCCCAGGAGCGUCAACGAUCUAUCCUGCUGCUGGGGGCUCUGACGACUGGGCUUACGAUCAAGGAAUCCAAUAUUCCUUCACAUUUGAACUCCGGGAUAAAGGCAGAUACGGUUUUCUCCUCCCUGAAUCCCAGAUCCAGCCGACCUGUGAGGAGACAAUGCUGGCCAUCAAGUACGUUACCAGCUAUGUCCUGGGACAUCUGUACUGAGCCAGAGUGCUAAGAGCUUGAUUUCUGAAUAUUUGUUCUGUUUCUCUUCUAUCCUGAAUUCCUACUUCUGUGGGCUUGGAUGUUUUUUUCCCAAUCCUCAUCUUUCUUUUAAGCUUCUGGGUCUAUUAAGCUACUUGGAUCUUUAAUAUUGAUCAUAAUAAAAGUGAAUCGGUAUAACUGAA